AUGAAGUUGCAGUUGGCCCUCGUUUUAUGUGGAUUGACUCUCGCCUUGGGCCAGAUUGUGCCCCGCAGGUCCUGGUGUCCUGUGCCACUCUGGCCGAGAUUGCCAAGGCUCAUGGUACCGGUUCGCCUGAUAAUCAUCCAUCACACUGUCACGGCUCCUUGCUUCAAUGCGCAUCAGUGCCAGUUGGCACUCCGGCAAAUUCGAGACGAUCAUAUGCGCAGGAAAUUCAGGGAUAUUGGCUAUAACUUCCUGAUCGGCGGCGAUGGUCGGAUCUACGAGGGCUUGGGUUUCGGCAUCCGCGGGGAGCAUGCUCCCAACUACAAUAGCCAAUCCAUUGGCAUUGCUUUCAUUGGCAACUUCCAGACUGGACUACCUCCUUCGCAGAUGCUGCAGGCUGCCCGGACACUCAUCCAGAUCGCCGUGCAGCGCCGCCAGGUUUCGCCCAACUAUUCCCUUGUGGGUCAUUGCCAAACGAAGGCCACAGCUUGUCCGGGAAGACAUCUUCUGAACGAGCUCAAAAAGUGGCCACGCUGGCAACCGAAGCCUUAAGUUCCCAUAGGAACUUUACUUGAGACAGAUGUCCCUAAAAUCUUUUCCAUAGCUAAAUGAAUGUAAAUAAUAGUGCAUAUUACCAAUAAAUACA